CUCUUACAUUUUUUAAGCCCCUUCCGGUUUCUGAACCAAACAUUCUGCUUAAUCACGCGGUGUACUAAUUUUCCGAGCGCAUCACCUUUGUUUCAGAAAAGCGGGACUAUUACAUACAACGGCCAGGGGCUUGAUAGCUUCUGCGUGCAAAGAACCUCCGCUUACAUAAGUCAGACAGAUAACCACAUCGCCGAGCUAACUGUGCGAGAAACUCUAGAUUAUGCUGCCAGAUUCCAGGGUGCGGACCAGAGUUUAGGAGAAUAUAUGAAAGAUCUUACGUAUCUAGAGAAGGAAAGAAAGAUACAUCCCAAUCGUCACAUUGAUGCAUUUAUGAAGGCAUCAUCAGUUACCAGUGGAAAACACACUGUGUGUACAGAUUAUAUUUUGAAAGUACUUGGUCUUGACAUUUGUUCAGAUACGCUAGUUGGAAAUGAGAUGCUUAGAGGUGUUUCAGGUGGACAAAGGAAGAGAGUUACAACAGGAGAGAUGAUUGUUGGUCCAAGAAAGACUCUGUUUAUGGAUGAAAUAUCUACCGGACUUGAUAGCUCCACUACAUACCAUAUUGUGAAAUGCAUACGGAAUUUUGUUCAUCUAAUGGAAGGAACCGUCUUAAUGGCUCUUCUUCAGCCUGCCCCAGAGACAUUUGAUAUGUUUGAUGAUCUAGUUUUGCUUUCCGAAGGAUAUGUAGUGUACCAUGGUCCACGAGAUAGUGUUGUUGAGUUCUUUGAGUCAUUGGGCUUUAAACUACCACCUCGCAAGGGGAUUGCAGAUUUUCUUCAGGAGGUGACUUCAAGGAAGGACCAGGCACAAUACUGGGCUGAUCAUUCUAAACCAUAUGUUUUUAUUCCAGUUUCAAAAAUUGCUGAAGAAUUUAGAAAUUCCAGAUAUGGUCAGGCCUUGGAGUCUUAUCUGGCAGGUCCUUAUGAAGGAAAUGGUGCCCAUCAUUCAGCUCUCUGUGCUAAAAGGUUUGCAGUUUCUAACUGGGAGCUCUUCAAAGCAUGUUUUUCCAGAGAGCUGCUUCUCAUUAAAAGACACAGAUUUCUUUACACUUUCAGAACUUGCCAGGUUGCAUUUGUGGGAUUUGUGACUUGCACAAUGUUCCUAAGAACCCGGUUACACCCCACUGAUUUGGUUAACGCAAAUCUGUACCUCUCUUGCCUGUUUUUUGGUCUGGUGCAUAUGAUGUUCAAUGGAUUUUCUGAGAUGCCUAUUACAAUUUUCCGAUUACCAGUGUUCUAUAAGCAAAGAGAUAAUCUUUUUUAUCCUGCCUGGGCCUGGUCUAUCUCUUGCUGGGUUACACGGAUACCUUACUCAGUAAUUGAAGCAGUUAUAUGGUCUUGUGUUGUAUACUAUACUGUAGGAUUUGCUCCUGGUGCAGGAAGGUUUUUCCGCUAUAUGUUCGUCCUGUUUUCCAUACAUCAAAUGGCAUUGGGCCUCUUUCGCUCGAUGGCAGCUCUUUCACGAGAUAUGGUUAUUGCUAGUACAUUUGGCUCGGCUGCCUUGCUAGCUAUAUUCUUAUUGGGUGGUUUUAUAAUCCCUAGAGAUAUGAUAAAGGGAUGGUGGGUUUGGGCUUUUUGGGUAUCACCAUUAUCCUACGGGCAACGAGCAAUAUCUGUCAAUGAAUUCACGGCAACAAGAUGGAAUGAGAGGACUACUUUAGGAAAUAUUACUCUUGGAAACAGCCUUUUGCAAUCACACAGCUUACCUGCAGGUGGCUAUUGGUAUUGGCUGGGAGUUGGUGUUCUACUUCUUUAUGCCUUGUUUUUCAACAUCAUAGUGACACUGGCAUUGACGUUUCUUAAUCCAAUCAGAACAUCUCAGGCAUUCACAGAAGAAAAUUCAGCUAGAAAGGAUGGAAAUAAUAAUUCAAAUUCCAUAACCAGUAAAGAUGUAAGUAAAAAGAAAGGGAUGAUUCUCCCAUUUCAGCCGUUAACGAUGACUUUCUACAAGGUCAAUUACUUCGUCGACAUGCCAAAGGAAAUGACCUCACAAGGUGUAACAGAAAAGAGGUUGCAAUUACUGUCUAAUGUUAGUGGAGUUUUCUCACCUGGCAUUCUUACAGCAUUAGUGGGGGAAAGUGGGGCAGGAAAAACCACUUUGAUGGAUGUUCUCGCCGGUAGGAAGACUGGUGGAUGGAUAGAAGGUGACAUUAGGAUAUCGGGUCACCCAAAAGAACAACACACUUUUGCAAGAGUUUCGGGAUAUGUUGAACAAAACGAUAUACAUUCUCCUCAAGUUACAGUUUUUGAAUCCCUCUGGUUUUCUUCUUAUCUAAGGCUUCCCAAGGAAGUGAAUAAUAAACAGAGAAAGGAGUUUGUUGAAGAAGUGAUGGAGUUAGUCGAGCUUGAUACACUGAGGAAUGCUAUUGUAGGUUUGCCAGGUACUAGCGGCUUAUCCACAGAACAGAGAAAACGUUUAACCAUUGCUGUGGAACUUGUAGCAAACCCAUCCAUAAUUUUUAUGGAUGAGCCUACAUCAGGACUUGAUGCUCGUGCAGCAGCUAUUGUCAUGCGAGCUGUUCGUAAUACUGUUGACACCGGAAGAACCGUGGUGUGCACCAUCCAUCAGCCAAGUAUUGAGAUUUUUGAAGCAUUUGAUGAGCUGCUUCUUAUGAAACGAGGUGGACAAAUGAUAUAUGGUGGAAAGCUCGGGCAGCAGUCACAAACUAUGAUAAACUACUUUCAGAGUAUGCCCGGUACUCCACCAAUCCCUCCUAGUUACAACCCUGCAACUUGGAUGCUUGAGAUCACUACCCCUGCUGCUGAAGAGAGAAUAGGUCAAGACUUUGCAGAAUUAUAUAGAAAUUCCGAACAGUACAGAGAAGUUGAAGCUUCGAUUGAGCGUUUCAGUGUUCCACCUGCCAAUUCAGAACCUUUAAAAUUUGACUCGAUCUAUUCUCAAGACACAUUCUCUCAGUUUAGAAUCUGUCUGUGGAAGCAAAACACUGUAUACUGGAGAAGUCCUGCAUACAAUGCAGUGCGGAUUUUUUUCACUCUGUUGAGUGCACUCAUCAUUGGCUCUGUAUUCUGGGAUGUUGGAUCGAAAAGGGACUCAACACAAAAUUUAAUGGUGGUAAUGGGAGCUCUGUAUACAGCUGCUUUAUUUCUAGGGGUCAACAAUUCAUCAUCUGUACAACCAAUAGUUUCUAUAGAGAGAACAGUUUUCUACCGAGAAAGAGCAGCUGGGAUGUAUUCAUCUCUCCCAUAUGCAGCCGCUCAGGGCCUGGUUGAGAUUCCAUAUAUUCUAGCGCAGACAAUAAUCUAUGGCAUCAUUACAUAUUUCAUGAUCAACUUUGAAAGGACAAUAGAGAAGUUUUUACUCUAUCUAGUGUUCAUGUUUCUUACUUUCACCUACUUCACAUUUUACGGUAUGAUGGCGGUCGGGCUCACAUCAAACCAACAGACUGCAGCCGUCCUGUCCUCCGCAUUCUACUCAUUGUGGAAUCUUCUAUCUGGCUUUCUUGUUCCUAAACCUAGCAUUCCUGGGUGGUGGAUGUGGUUGUACUACAUCUCCCCAAUCUCGUGGAGCCUGCGGGGGAUCAUCUCGUCUCAACUUGGGGAUGUAGAAACAGAGGUGGGGGGUCCAGGGUACAAAGGUACGGUGAAAGAGUAUCUGCUUGUCAGUCUUGGGUAUGGGCCGGGGAUGAUUGAGUGGUCGGCCCUGAUACUUGUCGGGUUCAGCAUCCUCUUCUUUUCUGUCUUUGCUGCAUCUGUGAAGUUCCUAAAUUUCCAACGGAGAUGACGAUGAGGAUGACAUUUUUGCACUUAGUGUAGUAUGUAGCGUAGUUUAGAUGGUAUUUUAUUCUUUUAGUAGGAGUAACUAAAUCAUAUUUUAGGGAGAAGACAUGCUUAGUUAUGUUUUAGCAUUGUGUUCAUGUUUUAGUCUUAUUUUGAGCAAUUUCUUGGUAUUUUAAUGGUGAUACUCCCUCCGUCCCCCUAU